AUGCCGGUGCCUCCUUCACCCAUAUCUCCUGAGGAGUUAUUCGAGGAGGAGGAGGAGUCCGAGGAGGAUGAGCCAUUCAAGGAGGAGGAGUCACCCAAUGGAGCGAAUGACGAGGUUCCAUCGAAUAGUUCCUCGUAUCAUGAUUCAUCAUCUAGUAAUAACCCUGCACAUCACACUGAGAUAGAGAGGGAGAGUGACUCAGAGCCUUUACAUCCAGUAGAGGUUCUAUCAUCCACAUCAUCACCUUCUCACCAGUCAUUUAGUAUGUGUGUCAUAGGUCCGUGCUGA